UUCAACUUUUAUGAUUGCUUGUCUGUGGUUAAUAUCAUUCUUUUUCUGUCAAAAUGGCUGCCGUGCAAGAGGCGAGACGUGAACCAAUUCAGGCCGUCCAGGUUUUCGGCCGCAAGAAAACAGCAACCGCAGUGGCAUACUGCAAGCGUGGUCAUGGUGUUCUCAGAGUGAAUGGCCGCCCUCUGGACUUAGUGGAGCCCCGUCUGCUGCAGUACAAAUUACAGGAACCCAUCCUGUUGUUGGGCAAGGAGAAGUUCUCUGGUGUUGACAUCAGAGUGACAGUCAAGGGAGGUGGUCACGUAGCACAAGUGUAUGCUAUCAGACAAGCUAUCUCGAAGGCACUUAUUGCCUUUUAUCAAAAAUAUGUAGACGAAGCGUCCAAGAAGGAAAUCAAAGAUAUCCUCGUCCAAUACGACAGGAGUUUGAUGGUAGCUGAUCCCAGGCGCUGCGAGCCCAAGAAGUUCGGCGGUCCAGGUGCCCGUGCCAGAUACCAGAAAUCUUAUCGUUAAUACAACGUGGUGGCGCACGCUCUGGUAUUGCACUGGUUCUGUGCGGCGGGUGCAAUAUCAUUGGGUGGUUUUAAAAAUAAAAAUUAAAAAAAAUUAAA